GUCCUGCAACCCGCAACUGUCGCCGGUGCUGCCGGCGCAUCUGCGGCGGAGCUAGAGUCUGGCGGCCACAUAGAGCAUGUCCUCGAUCGGGGGCCUGCGUCCCGCGGCCGGGGAGCAGCCGGGAGUUGGGCCGCACCUACAGGCGGUGGGAGGCGCGCUGCUGCUUUGCGGGCUGGCGGUCCUGCUGGACUGGGUUUGGCUGCAGCGGCAGCGCGCCGGCGGCAUCCCUCCGGGGCCCAAGCCUCGGCCACUCGUGGGUAACUUCGGGUACUUGCUGCUGCCGCGCUUCCUACGGCUGCACUUCUGGCUGGGCUCGGGCAGCCAGACCGACACAGUAGGCCGGCAUGUGUACCUGGCCAGGCUGGCCCGUGUCUAUGGCAACAUCUUCAGCUUCUUCAUCGGCCACCGUCUGGUGGUGGUCCUCAGCGACUUCCAGAGCGUGCGCGAGGCGCUUGUGCAGCAGGCCGAAGUGUUCAGUGACCGCCCGCGGAUGCCGCUCAUCUCCAUCUUGACCAAGGAGAAGGGAAUCGUGUUCGCACACUAUGGUCCGAUCUGGAAGCAGCAGAGAAGAUUCUCCCACUCAACCCUUCGUCACUUCGGCCUGGGCAAGCUUAGCCUGGAGCCCAGGAUCAUCGAGGAGUUCGCGUACGUGAAAGCAGAGAUGCAGAAGCACGGGGAGGCCCCCUUCAGCCCCUUCCCAGUCAUCAGCAAUGCCGUCUCCAACAUCAUCUGCUCCCUGUGCUUCGGCCAGCGCUUCGACUACACCAACAAGGAGUUUAAAAAGGUGCUGGACUUCAUGUCUCGAGGGCUAGAAAUCUGCUUGCACAGCCAGCUCUUCCUGAUCAACCUAUGUCCCUGGUUUUACUACCUUCCCUUUGGGCCGUUUAAGGAACUGAGGCAAAUCGAAAGGGACAUAACCUGCUUCCUUAAAAACAUCAUCAAAGAGCACCAAGAGUCUCUGGAUGCCAACAACCCCCAGGACUUCAUAGACAUGUACCUUCUGCACACGCAGGAGGAGAAGGACAAGUGCAAGGGCACCAACUUCGAUGAGGACUACCUGUUCUACAUCAUCGGGGACCUCUUCAUCGCGGGCACGGACACCACAACCAACUCUUUGCUCUGGUGCCUGCUGUACAUGUCACUGAACCCCGGCGUGCAAAAAAAGGUUCAUGAAGAAAUUGAAAGGGUCAUUGGCCGUGACCGUGCACCUUCCCUCACAGACAAGGCCCAGAUGCCAUACACAGAAGCCACCAUCAUGGAGGUACAGCGGUUAUCCAUGGUGGUACCACUUGCCAUUCCUCACAUGACCUCGGAGAAAACAGUCCUCCAAGGGUACAGUAUUCCUAAAGGCACAGUGGUCCUACCCAAUUUGUGGUCCAUACACAGAGACCCAGUCAUUUGGGAGAAGCCAGACGACUUCUGUCCUCAUCGAUUUCUGGAUGACCAGGGACAACUUUUGAAAAGAGAAACGUUUAUCCCUUUUGGGAUAGGGAAGCGGGUGUGUAUGGGAGAGCAGCUGGCCAAGAUGGAGCUAUUCCUGAUGUUUGUGAGCCUGAUGCAGAGUUUCACCUUUGCUUUACCUGAGGGCUCCGAGAAGCCCAUCAUGACCGGCAGAUUUGGUCUAACAUUGGCCCCACAUCCCUUUAAUGUAACCGUCUCAAAGAGAUGAAGAAACCGCGAGGAGUAAGGAGGGAGCCGGCUCCACGUACCCGUCCCACACAGUCUUCCUGUUGCUCUUGAACAUGGGCCAAGCAGUUCCGCAGCCGGGAGAGGCUCCAGACGAGAGACCCAGAGGGUAAGGGUGCCACACGUGGAGGCCUCCUCCGCAGGGUCCUCGAGUGGCUGGUGGUGUCCACUGUCCACGGGGAAGCGUGGACACUCAAUUUAGUUGUAUGGGUCCUAUCGGGAAGCAGAGCUUCUCACCUCUCAGCCUUCGUCAUCACGUGGUAAAAUGAGUUAAUGAAAUUUCUCUCAACUCUGAGGAGAACCAAAUGCUUCGUGACGUCUGUGCUGUGGGUGGAUGCUGGGCAGUUCGGUAGCUCUGCCUUCAGACCUCCCAAGGCCCCUGACAACAAUGAAGUAUCAUCAUGGACACUUGGUCAGAGAGGGAUGCAGGUCUAGGUUAUAUUGAGGAGACAUUUUUCUUUGUGCGUUUUUUGAUUUUUUUUUUUUUUUUUUUUUUUUUUUUUUUUUUUUGUGCCUAGAUUCAAUGUCAGUUUCUUUGGGCUUGUGUCUUACGAGUAUCAUUUUUGUUUAGGGAUGGGUCCUUUUUAUAGAGCUAAGAUGGAUGUCCCCUUGCCCUGUAUGUUGAGGAAAAAGAAAAGCAUCCUCUUGAGCUUAUUGUCCACAUGUGUCUACUGUCUUUAGCCACAUGAGCGGUGAGCCAGGCUGCACAGCACAGGUCUGCCCUGCUCAGGUGAGUGCAGAGCCCCUAAUCAGGGCCUGGAUGCUGGGCCGGGACUGUAAUAGAAUUGUGGACCUGGCCCAGAAGGGACUUCUCAUUCAAGUGAUUCAGAACCUCCUCUCCUGCCGUGCCAUCAGCCAUUGUGUGACUGACUUACUCUGCAAGACAAGAAGCCAUUUCGUGAUAAGAGGGCCCUCUAGUGGCUCCUCCAAGGACCACUGGGAAUGGGAGAAUGCACUUCUCAUAAUGGUGGAGGACUGCACAGCCAACAGUGUGCUUCUCAGUGUGCCUGUGUCCGGCCCCUCCCUCGGGUCUCCCUGCUCUGAAGGAGCCGUGGUAAUGCUGAGACUUUCUUAGAAGAGCCUGCCCCGGAUUCGUUUGUGUGCCUGAAAUCCUCACACUGAGGAGCUGAGAUUUCCAAUGCCAAGGUCCAUAAUUAGAAAGUGCCACCGUCACUGGGUCUCUAAGCUACUUGGCCUUGUGACUGGAAAGCACUUUCUGAUCCCCUUCCCAGUAUUGCCCCACAUGGCCUCCGUUACCUGUGCCCCUCUUUGUCCCAGUUGAUUCCUUGGGGCAGGCUCCACGCUGCCUCCUCACCAUGCCUGAUUCUUGGUGGAUGCCCAGGUAACUUAGGAGUGAGUUGGGGAAAGCGAUUAAGGGGAAAAGCCUGCCCAGGCUUUAUUACAGUCUGUUCAAGAUAGCUUCAAAACACAGCAUUAUGUGUCCUACUUGACUAAGCAAACCAGUGUUCAAAAAUGCACUCGACUUUUGUUUAUCAUUUAAAGUAAUCAUUUUAGGCAAAUUUAAGAUGGUGCCUUGGCUGCCAAAACAAUACAGAAUGAAAGCUUCCGGCAGCUGCCUGCUGUCUGCACACAGGCGCUUGCUGGGCUAGCCAGACAGACUCUUAAAUGCUUACUGCAGGAAAAUAGCAGCUGCCGAAUAAAAAUCUAAUAUGAGGACAAGGGGAAAUGGACAUUGUAUAACCAAGUACUGAUUAACUUUGAGUCUGUAUUCUUUAUGUCAUCCACAUUGGUGUUUUCUUUUUCAUAAAUUACUUUACAACAGAUGUUGUACAGGCUAAUCUUUAGGUUCCCUGAGCGCUGGUGUCUAGGCCGAGAUGCUGAAGUAGGGUAGCUGAGGUGCAUGAAUGGUGACACUGCUCGCUGAGCAGGUGGUCUGUCCUGAUCUGGCCUUCACGUUUGCAGGCCCCCCUACUCUCUGACUCGCACAUGGAUCUCUGGACCUACUAACCAAAGAUUUCACAUCAUACUUGAAGAAGCCUCUGCCUUCUCUGAGACGACAUCAGAAUCCCACGAUUAUCCGGCAGUGUAACACCGUGCCUCAAGCUGGUGAAAACCCCUUUCCACACGCUGCCACAGAGGGACUGCACGUCUUCCCAGCCGACUGCUAUUUGAAGACUUUGCACUUCCUGUCCCAUCUGAAAUGUGAAAUUAACUGUGGUCAGUUUUCUAAUAACGAGGUCUGGACUUCGUCUGUACUGGAGCUCUUGGUGCUCCUAUUAAACCUCUUAUUUUACUGAA